CAACGGCAAGUAACCCCGCGCGAAAGCCGACGGGUGUGAGUGGGAAUCUCCGCCUGUCGGUCAAAUACGAACUGAACGGGAACGGGAACGGCACGGGACGGAGGGAGGGAGUCGGACGGAAAGGCGUUUGGCUCGGAGCUCAAUAUUGUGAGGAUAACAAGAAGGGAUGAAUAUCUGGAGUUCACCUAUACGAGGAUGACAUGUGGAUGCCCAAGCACAGCGAUUGGCCAGGAUUCUGCCGGGUCCCAUAUGGGGCUUCUAGAAGCCCGAUAUUGGUGGUCACCCAGUGUGCUUAUAAGCCGAAGUUGAGCGCUUAUGGCUUUUUCCUUCCCAUUCCCAACCUCGCAGGGGGGCAUGGUCUGGGACGCUCCUCCCGAGCCCUCGAGGCGAGCUCGAUAUGGCUGCAUUUGUCGAUGCGGAUCGAGGUUUGGCGAUGGUUUUUAGCUGUUUUGAUGUUCUAUGGCUCGUGGAUAUGGUUUCGGUUCGCAUGUGGCGUGGUCUGUGCGAUCUGUGAAGCCGACUUUGUACACUACGGUCGAGGGACUGCGAAGUUUUACGCCGGGGGGGCCUCGUGGUGCAACGACAGGUCGAUGCAGGGCGCUUGUGGGCAUGAAGUUGGUAGCAUAGUGCUAUGGAAGGUCGAGGUGGAUGAUUAGAAGGAUUCCAGGAUUGGAACACAUGGUUUUUUGAUCGUAGGCGCUGGUCUUGAUCGAGAGGUGAUCGACCGGUGUGUUUGUGAGGUCUCAACUGCUUACAGUUCGUGACUGUUGUGCCGCUUUGGCCCUGCUUUUUUCCUGAACGGACAAAUCAGGUCGAAAUGGCCCAAAAGUCACAAACCGUAAGCGGUGAGAAGGUUACGUUUUUGGAUCUGAUCUGUUGGAGAGCUCCGAGGAGGAGUGGCUAUUAACAGAUCACAAUAGGGUGUUUGGGUUUCUUGAACGCCCACAUAUGUCACGAGGCGAAGUUCUCUUGAAAGUUCGCCUCGUUCAUUUGAAGACUGCUUGUUGUGCUUCAAUCUUACGGUUCUAAGCCGAGUUAUACCUCGGUAUCGAGACUUGUAGAUCUUUUGAUUAUCUUGCUUUGUUGUACGAGGUGCUCACUUUGUCUAGAGGUCGAUGCCCUGGCCGAGGUCAUCACUACUUACUUCCUCUAGCAGGAAGUUUCGGUCGGAUCGAUCUUUUCUUUCUUCAACAUUGACAAGCCCGUUUGUGCCGUUUGAGGCUCAUAGGUGCAGGGGCUUGGAGCUUUGUUCAGUACUAAUGAGCUUUUGUAAGCUUUCUGUGGAGAUCUCUGUUCUUUGGUUGUGCUCUCUUGAGAGAAUAGGGUGUCUGUGCAGGAUUGUUCAUGAAGGAGUCUUGAGCUGUCAUAAGACAGGUUGGAUAUAUGCGGGAUACUUGGAUCACUAUGAAGGUGAAACAUACAGAAUUUCAGGUUUGAAGCGGUAACCGUCGAGGAUGUGUUUCUUCUUUGUAGAGGAUGUAUGCCAUGCAGGGUUUGGAGUUGGGUAAUCGACACUGGUAACUGAGGCAGUAUUAGUUACAGUUUAUUUGACAGCCGGAACAGGUCUUACGAGCUCGAUAGGGCUUAGCUUGGAUGGCGAAACAGAUGUGGGCUACUCCGAUCAUUAAUUGUGGUAAUCACUUUAGUCAUUGGUUCUUGGUUGUAUGAAGGCCGGGUUAUGGUAGUGUGAGGUUCAGGUCAGGUGAUAUUGCUGCGGAUUAUGUUCGAAUGGCGGUUCAAUGUUGGACUUGGAAACAGCGAAAUCCGAUUUGUGGACAGAAGAAGCAGCUAACAGGUUUUCCUAUGCCAAUGUGGAUAA